UUAAAAAAAGAAUUUUAAUUUUAAUACAAUGCCACUAACUGCAGAAAGUGCGGCACAACAAAUUCAGGAUCGCCUGAAGGACAUUCAACAGCAUAUUCAUGUUGUGGACGAGGAGCGUCGCCGGGCGGAGAACUCGGUGGGCAGUCUUGUGCGCUCCCUUCAUGCCACAAAUCAGAAGGUGAAACCCUUGCUCAAGGCGAGUUUAAUGGAGGCAGCCCAAGAGGAAGCCACAAUCAGAGCCGCAUUGGCCAAAAUACACGAGAUUCGCAACAUUCGCAAUGAAAGAAGGAUACAAGCUCGUAAUGCUGGCAAUAAGGAGGCUAUCCGUCGGGGAGCUCUUAUGAAAAUGGUCCAGUUAUCCGCCCAAACCCUACCCUUGUUUGUAGGAAAACUUGGCGAAAGAGCUCCGGCUUUAUGUGGAGCCAUACCCGCCGAGGGAAACUAUGUGGCUAAAGUGGGUGACAACGUCGCCGCUUUGGCCAAAGGAAUUGACGAGGAGGAGAACUGGAUCUUGGCAGAGGUGGUCCAGUUCCUUCACCGCCAAAACAAAUACGACGUCAUCGACAUUGAUGAAGAGCAAAAAGACAGGCAUGUCCUGAGCAAACGCAAAGUCAUACCCUUGCCUCUGAUGCGGGCUAAUCCAGAGACUGAUGGGCAUGCCCUGUUUCCCAAAGACACAGUUGUCAUGGCCCUGUACCCGCAGACGACUUGCUUCUACAAGGCCAUAGUGCAUCGCCUGCCCCAGACUGCCACGGAAGACUACGAGGUGCUCUUCGAGGACUCCUCCUACAUGAACGGCUACGCAGAACCCCUACCGGUGGCUCAGAGAUAUGUGAUUGCAUAUAGGCCCACGAAAAAGGGAGCUGGCAGUGGAAGCGGCAAUCUUUCGUCGGCUUAG